CGAAUUACCAUUAAGAUUAAUAAAAGAACAUUUCUUCUACAAAAUCCAACCAGCAGAAGGCACGUGCUGAAUGUUGUGAAAGCGAAAUCUUAGAAUGAUGUUGUGUUGGAAAUUAGAAAUGGGACCCAUCAAAUGUUACAGUUCCGCAAUUUGUCCACUAAAACAACGCGCACACACACAUCGGUCCCACGAACUUUCCCUCUCAUGGCUGAAACUCAACCAUCUUCACGUGCCCUUCUGCUUCUCCUAGCAUGCACCCUUUUCCAACAACUUUACGCUUCCAACACUAAAAUUGGUGUCAACUAUGGCACGAUGGCAGACGAACUCCCACCGCCCUCAACGGUGGCCACCUUCCUCAAAUCUAAAACCACCAUCGACCGCAUCAAAAUCUUCGACGCCAACCACGACAUCCUUCGCGCCUUCGCAGGCACUGCAAUCUCCGUAACUGUAACGGUGGAGAACGCCCACAUCCCCUCCCUCGCAACGAUUCCUGGUGCACAAGCUUGGCUUUCAAAAAACAUCUUACCCUUCCUCCCGAAAACCGUCGUGACGCGUAUUUCUGUUGGGAACGAGGUUUUGGAAAGCAACAACAAAACACUAAUCGCCAACAUUCUUCCGGCUAUGGAAUCCCUCCAUAAGGCUCUCUCCCUCGCCAACCACACUACCGUCCAAGUCUCCACUCCUCACUCGCUUAAGAUCCUGGACCCGUUAGAGCCUCCCAGUGCCGCCUCGUUCCGCCGUGGCCACGACAAAGCCAUCUUUGCGCCGAUGCUGGAUUUCCACCGACGAACCAAGUCCCCUUUCAUGGUGAACCCGUAUCCGUUCUUCGGUAUCACUUCGACCGAUCUCGAUACUGUGAACUACGCGCUCUUUAAACCAAACAAUGGUGUUCGGGAUAAGGUUACGUCAAUGAAAUAUACGAACAUGUUCGACGCGCAAAUGGACGCAGUUUUCUCAGCAAUGAAGAAACUAGGGUAUGAGGACGUGGAAUUGGUGGUAGCCGAAACGGGUUGGCCCUCUGUUGGUGAGCAGCACGAAGGGGGUGUUAGUUUUGAGAAUGCGGAAACUUAUAAUGGGAAUCUCAUCAAGCACAUUAACUCUGGGAAAGGAACCCCUCUAAUGCCUGGUCGAACUUUUGAGACUUUCAUCUUCUCUCUAUUCAAUGAGAAUCUAAAGCCCACAGUUUCUGAGCGUAAUUAUGGCUUGUUUUAUCCUGAUCUUACCCCCGUUUACAAUGUCGGCGUUUUCAUUGCGGAAGAGGUACAUUUUUUUUCACUUUACAAAAAAUGGUAACUUUUCAUUCGAUCAUUA